AUGGACGUUCUGGCCAUCACUACCACCUUUACAUCUCUGGCGGUUGUCAUCGUUGCUCUUCGAUUAUGGACGAGGUUCAGACUGGCCAAGACGCCGGGGUGGGAUGAUCUGCUCAUCGGUGGUGCAUUGAUUGUCGAUUUGGCGUUCUUUGCCUUUGUCCUCGGUGAGAGACACUAUGGUCUUGGAAAGGCUUUCUCGGCGCUCCAUCCGCGUCAAAUGCAGAAACAACUCUUGUUCCUCUGGCUCUCAAUCCCCUUCUAUAACCUUACCCUAAUCCUCACCAAAUUUUCCGCCCUCUUCCUCUUCCUCCGUAUCUUCCGCUCGCACGCCUUCCUGAUCCCCACAUACACUAUAAUGGCCUUUCUCAUGGUCUCGGGGCUGUGGAUCGUCCUAAGCGCAUUCUUCUUCUGCGUCCCUAUCCACGACUUCUGGUCCUUGUCGCCGAAGGCCCACAAAGACCAUUGUCUGCCCGGUGCCCCGGUCUGGGUCAGUAAUGCUGCCAUUCAGAUCUUCACAGAUCUGGUUAUCUUGGGCAUGCCGCUGCCGCUGCUGUGGAAUUUGCAGAUAACGCGGCGGUUGAAGGUUGGGAUUCUGUUGGUGUUUGGGUUUGGUAUAUUUGUUAUUGCAACCAGCUCGGCUCGGUUGUAUGAACUGAGUACCAUGAUUGGGCAUGGCGAUUUCAACAACCCCCACGCCAAUGUCCAAGCAGUGAUGUGGUCCUCCCUCGAAGCCAACGUCUCCAUAAUCUGCGCCUGCCUCCCACCCCUGCACCCCCUCCUAUCCCGCCUCUUCUCUUUCUGCUUCCUGCCGCAACCAGUGAACUCCUCCUCUGCAUCAACCAUCCCCUUACAUAGCACGUCGCGCACCAUAUCCAAAAUACUCCCGCAUACAACACAGUUCACGGCACCGCGCAAGCCCUCGAUCUAUGAGCACGGCGACUCCGGCGUGGGGACGGACAGCGGUGUCUUCCAUAAAGGUCAUUUUUAUGCUGGGACUGGGAGCUACUCGGCGAAUAUCUCGCGGGUCGUUACUAAUGAAGAGACGAAUGAUGAUGCGGUGGAGAAUGGGAGGGGAUUCGGGUUGUGCAGGAGCUGA